AUGUAUUUUGAAACAACUCAUAAUAUUAUCUUAGUUAUUCUGAGUUUUAGUAUAACUAUAGCAGUAUCCUCUGCUAUAUAUUAUAUAUCUAGAAAUGGGUAUGUAACCACUGAUGUAGGAACUACUUCGCUUAUUAUAUUAAUAAUUGAUAAAGCAACAAUAGCAACUUUAACGAUUGCAUUUGUCCAUUUGACAAUAAGAAAAUGGCCAAAUAUAAAAAAUAGAGGAUCAUUAUUAAGAAUGGUAGAAUCCAUUAACUCUAUAAAUAUGGGAAUUACUUCAUGUAUCGCAACUAUACGUAUAAAUUCUAUUGAAGUUAAGGCAUAUUUAUUAUUGUCUUUAUUAACAAUAGCUACGACAUGGGGAUUAUCAAAAGGAAUAAAUACAGACCAAAUUAUAGGUGCAUGUAAUUACAAUGAAAAAGAAACUCAUGCUACAGUAAAUUGUACAAAUCAACCUUCUUGCGGGUUACCAACAUUUGGUAUGGGUGGUUUUUCUCCAGUAGGAAUCACAAGAACAACUAAUAUAUUAAAAAAUGGAAUUGAUAAUAAUAUAACAGUUUUAGGAAAUGCAAAUUAUUCUAUUGCAGCUCAUGUUGGAAAUGAUAUAUUAUUCUCUGCUAAUGAAGUGAGUGUUUAUAAUCUAAAAGCAAUAGCAGUUAACACAUCAUGUAUAGCAACCAACAAUUUCACUGGGGCUUCAAUGACACCUUACCCACAUAUAAAUAUGACAAGUUUUGAUAGCAAGAUCUGGCCUCCUUUUUUUGAUACUUAUGUUUUGGAUUUUCAAGGGUUAUAUGUUUUAACCAGUGUUGCUAGCGAAAACACAAAUACUUUUGCUAUUAUUUUGUCUGAUCAGUUGUCUCUUAAUCCAAUGAAUCAAACUCUAGUAGGGUGGCUAAAUGAUACACAAAAAACUUUAAAAUGGAAUAUUGUAACUCUUGUACAAUGUAAUUAUACUGCAAAAAUUGGAUUAGUAAAUAUUACACAAAAAAAUAAUUUAUUACAAAGUUCUAUAUCAAAUUUAAAGACCAUUAGUCCGAUAAAUACCGAAAUAUUAAAUAUUCAAAUGACUGGGUUUAAUUAUGAUGCUUUAACUAUAUCUAAUGGAAACACCAAUCCGGAUAUUGAUCCUUACAAAUAUGAUGGAAGAUACAUUUCUGGAUUGGAAACGGACUUUGCUAAAUAUAUAGCUGCGUCAUCUAUAGUUCUCACAGAUAGAAUACUUAUAAAUGGAGACCCUCUUAAUUAUUUACAAUAUACUAAUGAUACAUUUUUGAUAAAGUCAUGUAAUAAUAUUCAAGUAACGACAAUAAGAUAUUGGCCUUUAUUAUAUAUCUGGUUAAUUAUAAAUACUAUUUCAUUUAUAAUAUUAUCAGUCUUUGCAAUAGAGGAGGUGUCAGAAAGAAAUAAUACCUGUUCUGGAAUAACUUUGAACACUUUGAUAUGGCAAGCAUUAACAACAAAAUGGGGAUUAACAAGACUGUUAUUAAACGGGAAUUGGAAUACAGAUCAAAAAGAUAUAUUUAUAUCAAAAAUGAACGCAAUACAGGAAAGAUUAGAAGCUUCUAAGGAAUUUUUUGGAUUAAUCCCUUUAGGCCAGCAAAAAUACGUAAAUUAUUAA